AUGGCUAAGAGAUUCACAGCACAGCUCGUCGUCAGCAGACUCUCUGCUUACACCACGGAUCAAUCGCUAAGGCAACUAUUUUCACCUUUUGGUCAGAUUAGAGAAGCUCGUCUUAUAAGGGACUCGCAAACACAGAGACCUAAAGGCUUCGGCUUCAUCACCUAUGAGUCCGAGGAUAAUGCACAGAUCGCGAUGAAAGCUUUAGAUGGGAAGAUUGUUAAUGGCCGAUUGAUAUUUGUAGAAACUGCGAAGGAAGUAGAAGCACCAACAACAAAUAUGAACAAUAACAAAAAGCUUGAAGAGAACACACAGACAGAGUCAUUACAAAACAACUAA